GCUGCGCAGGCAGUAUCUGCGUCUGCGCAGUCAGUUGCUUGCCCUGCGUUACGGGCCUCUGUCAGAGCAGAGCAGCUUCAGAGCCAGCAGUGUGCGCAGUUCCCGCACCACACUGGAUCGCAUGGAGGACUUCGAGGAGGAUCCCAGGGCUCAGGGUGCCAGAGGCCACCGGAGAUCAGUAAGCCGUGGUUCAUACCAGCUGCAAGCCCAGAUGAACAGGGCAGUGUAUGAUGAAAGGCCUCCAGGUAGCCUGGUGCCCACGUCGGUGGCAGAAGCCAGUCGGGCAAUGGCAGGUGACACCACCCUAAGUGAGAACUACGCCUUUGCCGGCAUGCACCACAUCUUUGACCAGCAUGUCGACUCAGCUGGUGAGUGAGCUGUUAA